AUGGCAAGAGCCCUACAAGGUCUUGGCUACGUUGUCUUCAUGAUUAUGGUGGUGGUGAUGGCCGGAGAUGCCUCCGGCAAUUGGCGGGUGAUGGGAGAUGAUGACUGUGGAGGGACCUUGCCUAAUCUGAUAAGCCAGUGUCAGCAGUAUGUGGGGAUUCCAGGCCCAAAAACAGAUCCAUCAAGUGGUUGCUGUGAUGCAAUUCAGAAAGCAGAUGUGCCAUGUGUUUGUGCUCACAUCACUCCAGAAGUUGAAAAGAUCAUCAGCAUGCAGAAGGUCACAUAUGUUGCUCAGAAGUGUGGCAGAGCUCUCCCUCCUGGCACCAAAUGUGGAAGUUAUACUGUUCCUCCCAAGAUAUGA